AUGAUUGACAAACUUGAGAACCGUCUCGAAGAUCUUCAAAUGGUGAAUAUUACAUGUCGUGUCUUAUCGAAACCCAAAGUUGACUCGCUGGCAACUAUUUAUCGUUCCCUUGGAACGGAUUAUGAUGAACGUGUUCUUCCGUCUAUCGUGAAUGAGGUACUCAAAGCGGUUGUCGCGCAGUUUAACGCGUCACAGUUGAUCACACAACGUGAACGGGUAUCGCGUCUUGUUCGAGAGAAUUUGACGCGUCGUGCAUUGCGUUUCAAUAUAGUACUUGAUGACGUAUCCAUUACGCAUGUUGCGUUCUCACCAGAAUUCACUCACGCGGUAGAGGCCAAGCAAAUUGCUCAGCAAGAAGCACAGAGGGCAUUCUUCAUCGUUGAACGUGCUAAACAAGAAAAACAAUCGAUUAUCAUUAAAGCAGAAGGAGAGGCGAUAUCAGCGGAGUUGAUCGGUGAAGCAAUCAAGAAUAAACCGGGUUUCAUUGAAUUGAGGAGAAUCGAGAUGGCCCGAGAGAUUGCUAAUCUCUUAUCACAAUCUCAAAAUCGCGUGCUAUUAGAUUCAGGAGUUUUAUUGUUAAAUCUUUCCGAAUCUACAAGGUAUGUAAAAGAUGUUUGA